AACGCUCGCUUGGCAGGCUUCGGUGCGUCUGGGUUCCUGGUCGCAGAGGCUGUGGUUGGCUCGGUGGAAGAGGUUCUAGAUCCGAGGGUGUGAGGUAUUCUCAUCUUUUUUGUGUGUUUCAUCAUCUGUAGUCUUUACCAGCAACUGUGGUUUAACCAAUGUAAUACAGAAGAAUCAUUAACUAGGAGAAAAUGUCAAAUCUGAAAAUGAAAGAGGCAGCCCUUAUCUACCUUGACAGAAGUGGAGGCCUCCAAAAGUUUAUAGAUGACUGCAAAUACUACAACGAUUCAAAACAAAGUUAUGCUGUCUAUCGAUUUAAUAUUUUAGUAAAUCCCUCUGAUAUUGUUGAAUUGGAUGCUGAACUUGGAAAUCAUAUUUUACACAAGCCUUUAAAAGCUGCUCAAGUUUUUCAAUCAGUCUGUUUUACUGCUGUUAAGACUCUGUCAUUAAUUGGACAAUUACAGACUGAAACUCAAAUUAAUAUAGUGCUGAAGUUAACACAUUUACCUCCUCUGCGAAGUUAUAUUCUUGAUCUUUGUGAGUUUCCACUUGAUUAUGCAUCUCAAAGAUUUUAUAUGAUGCAAGGAAUUGUGAUUGCAAUGACAACUGUAACCAAGUAUACACAAGGUGCAAGAUUUCUUUGUUCAGAUGAAGCAUGUCCUCUUUCAAAAGGAUUUCAGUAUAUAAGAGUGCAUGUGCCUGGUGCUACAGAAUCUGCAACAGUAAGAAAUGACUUUUUGUGUAAUCUAUGUUCAUCUUCACUUCAAGAAGACAGAAAAUUUAGAGUACUUGGUGAUAAACAGAUAGUUGAAAUAAUCACAGCAAAGGCACUUCAUGCUUUUCGAGGAUAUUCUAAGAACCAGCCAUUUAGGUUUCAGUCUCUUACAAUUUUUCUAAGAGAUGAAUCAGUGAGUAAAAUGAAUAUAGGAAAUGAGUAUAAAAUUAUUGGAAUUCCAACCUGUGUAAAAACUUCACAAACUGCUGUUUGUAUAGAGGCAAAUAGUAUCAUUUCUUGCAACCCAAAAGUUCCCUCAGGAAUUAGCGACAAUUUCAGGUAUCUUCUCUCUUUGACUUCCAGCUCAUGCUGGAAGUUUACAGCAAUACUUGCCAAUAUCUUUGCAUCACAAAUUGUUCCUCCUGGGACUUACAAUUUACUCAAGCUCUGUUUGCUGAUGAGUCUAGUACAGACAAGUGACCGUAAUAAGGAACUGAAAGAUUGCCUGGAUAUUUUAAUUAUAACAAGUGAUACUCUGCUUGUAGACAGGCUUUUGAAUUUUAGUAUAAACCUUGUGCCCCGUGGUAUACGUCAUCUCGUCUCUACUGAAAUUUUUCCUACUCUAUCCAGGAAUAAGUAUGGAACUGGAGCAGUUAGCAUUCAGGCUGGCAGUGCUUUGCUAGCUAAAGGUGGUAUUUGUUUUAUAGGAGACUUGGCUUCACACAAAAAGGAUAAACUAGAACAGCUUCAAUCAGUUGUGGAAAGCAGAAACAUCACAGUAUAUAUCCCAGGAAAGAAGUUUGGGGAUGGUGUUAAUCAACAAAUGACAUUUCCAGUUCAGUGCAGUUUUUGGUCUUUUGUUGAUAUGGAUUCAUCUUCAAGGAAAAAUAUGCAGAAAACAAACACUCUAAUUGGUCAGAUGGAUUGCAGUUUGAUUCCAACUAAUCUCCUAGAGGCAUUUGGAUUAUUGAUUAAGUGCAAUGAAUCAUCACCUUGCUCUCCACUUCUUUCUACUGUGCAACAUACUUUAAAGAAAGCCAUUGAUCCUGAAGGGCAACUUUAUGUGGCUUCUAAGAAGUUCACAACUGAAGAUUUUGAAAAGCUGCUGGCUUUUGCAAAGAAUUUGAAUGUAGAAUUCAGUUUGGAGGCAGAAAGAAUGAUUCAUGGCUAUUAUCUAGCAAGUCGAAGGAUCAGAACAGAUUCUAUAAGUGGAUCAAAACUGUCAGCAUCUGCAUUAAAAUACUUAGUUUCCCUAGCUGAAGCCCAUGCUCGACUGAACUUAAGGAGUAAAGUGCUUAAAGAAGAUGCACUGAUUGCAGCCUUAUUAUUUGAAACAUCUCUCACACUGAAAUAUGGGGCCACUGUAUUUUGUGUUGCUCCAAAUGCAGUAUUUCCAUUUGAAUUGUAUAAUGAAGAGUAUUUAGAGCAAAGGGACAUUUAUCUGACUCAGUGCCAACAGCAGCUCCAACAGUUUAUUACCACAUAUGGACCUGGGACAGCUCUUUUCACUAGCGAUGAAUAGCCAAUCUGAGGGUAUUUUCUUCAUAUUUAAGCAGUAGAGAAGUGUGAUUUUGAAGUAAUGCUUCAGGUAAUAUUAUGUAUAAUAAUACAUUAGAACACUAUCCUAAAUGUAUGAAAUAUGGUCUCAAUAUGAAAAACUUAUAAACCAAGCAAUGUAAAAAAUCACUUUUAUGUAAUUCCCUCUACUUGUCACAAGAUGGCAACAACACUUUAAAAGAAAAUAUUUACUUACAAGUCCUUUUAAACCAUUUGUCAUGCACCCAUGAACUGGACAACAGCAAUUUCUAUAAACAGAAGCCUCAAAUUUAAGAUUUCAUACUGUAUUAUACACUGUUAUGUCCAUUCUAUCAUUUUGGAAGCCCUAAUUAUGGAAUAAGGGAAAGCUUGGAUAUUCCCCAUUUUUUAAGCCAGGUUAAAUGAAAAAGUAAUUUAAAUCAAAUCAAAGGGCAAGAAUUGGCUCUUUAAACCUAAAUUGGUUACAGGAAAGGUACCAAAAGGCAAAGAAACCAAUCUGCAAACCCUUUGUUUUUAGAGGGAGAUCUACUUUGAAAGGUGGGGCAAGGGUGGGCUGGGGAGAGUAAGACCAAGAAAAUAUGCUUAACUUGUAAAAUCCCCAAAUCCUUUUCAUUUUUCAAAGUUAAAUUAUAAAAUUAAAAAUAUAUAUAUAUAUAAUAAAUAAAUCUUACUCAAAGGAAAAUGUCAUUACAAAAUUGCCAAAAUUUCACCCAGAUACUACUAUGCUGAUUCUUUAGAAACUGGUACCUCAUGGAGCUUUUUAACCAUAAAGAUGGGACAGUUUCUCUAUGGACCUUUGAAAAAUCAUUCAAAAAUAGUGCAUAUACACUAGUCACAGAUACUCCUGUUUAGAAAGCAAAGCUAGUUUUCAAAAACAAUUUACAUAUUGAAGUUCUGUAAUUCUAGUUAAGACUUUAUUUUGUGGCAUCUUUGUUGCUAUACAGGUUUUGUACUGUUUGAUUUGCCAUAAUGAAAUUGUUAACUUGGAUAAAGGCAGGUCAUUAUAGACUGUGGGACUCAAAAGGGGAAAAGCAAGAUUUACCUAAACCUCCAGUUAGGAAUUUUAGAAUUUUUUUGGAAACUUCUAUUUACUUAUUUGAGAAUAAGCAUAAAAGGGGCAUGAGAGGGAGAAGCAGACUCCCCGCUUUGUAGAGAGCCCAAUGUGGGACUCAAUCUCAGGACCCUGAAAUCAUGAUCUGAGCCAAAGGCAGACACUUAGCCAACUGAGCCACCCAGGCAGCCCCUAGUUUUAGAAUUCUUGUAAAUCCUUAAGUACUGGACAGACUGGAGAGUCGUCCAAUCACUAUUUUCCUUAAUGUAACAUUAUUUGUUCUAGUAAUAGAUCAGAAUUUUUUUUUUUUCAGAGCAAUUGAUUUAAAAAAAAUUUUUUAUUAAUAAGAUUUACUCAUGAGCGAGAAUGAGGGAGGGGGAGCAGAGGGAGAGGAGAGCCUAAGCAUACUCCAUGCUCAGUGCAGAGCCUGACGCUGGGUUUUAUCUCACAACCUGAGAAGAAACCAAGAGUCAGAUGCCCAACUAACUGCACUACCUAGGUACCCCAGGGUUACUUUUUUAUUCAAAAGUAAAAACAAAGAAUAAGAUUUAAAUUUUAAACAAAUUCCAUAGAUCAUAAGACGAUUCCAAAAUACUUGUUUAUUAGGUAUAAUAGCAGGUUCUGGGGGUAAACCUUAUGGAUAUCUAGUUUGCUGAAAUCCCCUAAGGCAAGAAAGGGCAGGAGAACUGGAGGUACUAGA